ACAGUUCAUCAGGUAUGAUCUGAAGUGUAAUUAUCCAGAAAUCAGCCAGAUUUCCACAGGAGCUUGUCUUCAUGAAAAUGCAAGACUGCAGCUUCUCGAAAUUUAUAUAUGCACUCACGUUUUGAUGCUUUCCAGAGUCCAUUGAAAUACAUCACAGAGAUAUUUUCCAUCCCUGGUGGUUCCUGCAGUCGUGUUGAUAUAGACAACGUGAUUUCAAAGUCAAGUUUUUGUUGGGCUUGUGUUUGUGCUUGUGUUUGUCCGGUGCAGUGUUGGAACGGAUCAGCGAUGAUGUUACGUGACCGAGGAUUUGUGAGUUUUCUGCAUGUGGUUACAUGGCAACCACCGAUAAAUCAACAGUGUGGCUUCCUAGUUUGUUCGGUCUGUAGUUUUUGUGGUUUUCCUUCAUCGCAUGCACCACUUCCUUGCAGAGAAGAGAGUGCCAGUGAAAAAAAGUGUUCCAAGUGUUAGUUCUGGUCAGUGAGAAAACAUCAUAUGAACUGAUAGGGAGCCCCUAAAAAUGGCGGAUUACCUUUGACUUUCGAAGUCCACUAGUAGUGAGUAUCUACUAGUGGUUUUCUCCUGAGAUUUUGAUUCGCGUCCAAUCUGACGUCAUGUACAUGUAGAUGCUGCUGUGAGAUGUUCUAUUGUUCCCCCCCCCCGAGGAGAUCCUCUGAAGUGAAAGACAUCAAACACUGAGCAUCAACCUUCUUUCACGUUGUCGAAAAAAAUCUUCAAGUGGAGCUCAGUAAAAUGUUCUCGUCAUCUGUUGGUGGCUUCCCAGAACCCCUGUGGGAUGGUUGAUGCUUAGCCAAAGAAAUACUUUGAGCCCAAAUUUCAUCCCUCCCAAAUUGGCAUGGAGUUCUUGCACUGAAAUUGCCGUCAGCUCCUCUUGGGAGGAGCAGAAAUGAUUUGGUCCUGUCGGAAAUGGAAGAUCGACAUGCAGACGCCAAGUGCCACUAGCUCUUGAGAAUUGGAGAGGUUGUUUAUGCUUGUACAGUUGAGCCCUGAUAACAAAACACUUUCACUCAAAAGAAAAAACUCUUUUGGGUAAGCCUCUGGGGUUCCGUCACUGCUUUUCUGGAUUUAUUCUUCAGAUGAUGACGUGAAAAUUGUUUUGACAAGACUCUGAAUUGAGCAACGAAAUGUGACGUUCAACAGGAUGUCCGGUGAGGAGGUAAACAGCAAAAAAAGUUGAGGAAAACAAAGCACGUGUGUUCCUACCUGUAGGUCUUCACAUUUACAAUGAACUCCCUCAGAAUGGUUUUGAGAAUGCUUGGUGACACCGAAUGAGAGUGGAACAAUAACUUUGCUGCACCGAGUUAUUAGAAGUAGACUUCAUUGUGGCAGGUGGGUUCCACUGUGCCAUUUUUUUAUGGAUAUUGUCCUGUCUGCCGGUAUCGGUACAAGUUUGAAAUUUGCGUUCGGGUAUUGCAGUUGGCAUUCAGGACCGCAUCAUCUGUGGGCGGGGAGUACGGCCAUUUUGAAGGAGAAUGCUGCUCCUUACUAUCCCUUUGUGUACAUGUGCGCGAGUUUGCCCUUCAGACAUUGUGUGAAACUCAUAUAUAAUGGUAUAUGUGGAUUCAUAAUGGAUGUGGGUAUUUACAAAGAGCUGUCACUGAGAAAGCCUUUGAUGGUGCUGUCUAUUUAAUACAGAAGGACUUCUUUAGUUUCUGCGUAGGGGCUGGAAUCCGAUAACAAGUCCAGUGAACUGAAACAGGUGGCUGUAACGACCACACAAUUAAAGCUAAUCUGUUUAUCGCAACGUGGACUAUUGAUCAUUCUCAUUACGGGGGUUCAGCUACAGAGUGCUUCGACAUUCACAGGGCCCUCACUGCAGCACUGGAGUGGUAGUGUGUCAUUUGCCGAGGAAGCAAAGGUUGUGUGGAGACACGGAGACAAACAAAAUGCUGUACCACGUCGUGCCGUACUGGAGCGACAUGAGCUACACGUUGCUGCGGCGGGAUUCUGGGAUGCCUGAGCCUUCAGCAUGCAUCAAGGAGGGAUUUCUGAUGAAGCAAACCAGCUCUUUUCAGAGAUGGAGGAGGAGGUACUUCAAACUGAAGGGACGAAACUUGUAUUAUGCCAAAGAAAGCACAUCUCACAUUUUCGAGGAAGUGGACCUGCGAGAGAUCAGCGUGGCAGAGAACAGCACCAAGAACGUCAACAACAGUUUCAGGGUCAUUACGCCAUUCCGCACCUUAAUUCUCUGCACCGAUACCCGUAAGGACAUGGAGGAAUGGAUCAGUGCCUUCAAGUCGGUGGCAAACAGGGACUUCUAUGAGGAGGGAGAGCACAUGCGGGACAUGUUGUCUGGCAUGCACAACUGGUAUGCCUGCUCUCACGCCCGCCCCACGUACUGCAACGUGUGCAGGGAGGCUCUGUCCGGUGUCACGUCACAUGGUCUUUCUUGUGAAGUAUGCAAAUUUAAAGCCCACAAACGCUGUGCGGUCCGUGCCCAGAACAAUUGCAAAUGGACGACAUUGGCAUCAGUCGGGAAAGAUAUCAUCGAAGAAGAUGAUGGAACAAUAUCUACUCCUCACCAGUGGCUUGAGGGCAACCUACCAGUCAGUGCCAAGUGUGUAGUGUGUGACAAGACCUGUGGGAGCGUACUGCGCCUGCAGGAUUGGAGGUGCCUUUGGUGUAAGGCCAUGGUCCACUCGACUUGCAAGCCCCAGUACCCAGCCAAGUGCCCACUGGGCCAGUGCCGGCUCUCGCUCCUGCCCCCCAUCUCCCUCAACUCCAUGAGCUCAGACGGCUACUGGCAGGCCACACGGCAGGGCUGCAGCAGCCCGCUGCUGGUCUUUGUCAACUCACGUAGCGGCGACAACCAGGGCGUCAAGUUCCUGCGCCGCUUCAAGCAGCUGCUCAACCCGGCCCAGGUGUUUGACCUGAUGAACAGUGGCCCCCAUAUUGGGUUGCGGCUCUUUCAGAACUUUGACACCUUCAGGAUCUUAGUGUGCGGUGGUGAUGGCAGCAUUGGCUGGGUAUUAUCGGAAAUUGACAAGUUGGACCUUCAUAAACAGUGCCAAAUAGGUGUUCUACCUCUGGGUACGGGUAACGAUUUGGCCCGUGUGCUGGGCUGGGGAACCGCCUGCGAUGACGACACGCAGCUCCCGACCAUCUUGGAGAAACUGGAGCGGGCUAGCACCAAGAUGCUUGAUAGGUGGAGUAUCUGCACCAAAGAGUCCCCCCUGCCGACCAGCAGACGGUCAGCGGCUGGUGCCACGGCCGGGGACCUCAAGGCAGACAGCAUGGAUGUCUCGGACUCAGCAGAGAGCAAGGACAAGGAGAUGAUCACCGCCUACGAGGACUCAGUGGCAGCUCACCUGACAAAGAUACUGCACUGUGACGAGAACACGGAUGUCAUAUCAUCAGCCAAGGUUUUAUGCGAGACGGUCAAGGAUUUUGUGGAGAAGGUCGGCCGUGCCUAUGAGCAGAGCUGCCCCACGGGAGAUGCACAAAUCAUGAAAGAAAAGUGUGCCGUUUUGAACGAGAAACUGAAGCUUCUCCUCCAAACCCUGGAGGAUGAGGCUCAAGCCACGCCCAUCCCUCCUGGCACCCUGCCCCCAACGAUGGCGGCCGCCACCGCUGCUGCUGUUACUGGCCCCUCGCUGGAUGAGGCCUGCAAGGACUCCUUGCACGACGGUGACACGCUAGAGCAAAUGACGGGGCCCUCCACCUCGGGCAAGGUCUUUAAGCCCCGUGACGCCCUGAUGUCCCGGGCCAACAGCCUCAAGAAGGCCGUGCGGCAAAUCAUCGAGCAGACGGAGAAAGCUGUCGACGAGCAAAAUGCCCAGACGCAGCACCAUGAGGCAAAAGCAAAGGCCCUGGCAGAUAAAGCAGCCAUGGCAACCACAAGCAGCCUUCCCAGUGCCCCCACUGUGACCACAACGACUGCCGAAGUCUACCCUCUGCCUCCUCAACCCACCAUCACCAUCGUGGCUCCGCCCGCGGAGGAGGGGGAGGAGAAAGAAAAAGAUGACAGGGCGGAGAAGGAAAAAGAAGGAGGCGUGGAAGGGGAAGAGAAGAAAGGCGGGGAAGGAGAGGCGUCUGCAACCGAGUCUGGCAAGGAGGCUGGUAAGACGUCCUUCUCUGUCUUCACGUCCGCCACCAAGGCCAAGAUUGAGCGCAAGAAGGCCGAGCGAGAGCAGCUGCGGUCUCCUCGGACGCGACGAGUCAGUCGCGGGAGCACUCUCUCGCCGGGCCCCGUGGGCCUGGCCCACCGCUUCGGCAGCAUGGAGAACAUAGCGUACCUGCCAGGUUUGGACACACUUUUGGGCCCAAGUCUAGGAAGAGGAAACACCAUGCUCAGUAAAAGUAUCAGCGGCCUCUCUGGUGGUUUCGUGGGCGCCGGUCUCAUCAGCAAGGUGCUGUUGGCCAACGCCGACGCAUUGUGUGCCGCCGCCUCGCCGCUCAUGGACCAAGACAUUGAAUCUGUCGAGGGGUACACAGAGACCUGCGUGAUGAAUAACUACUUCGGCAUCGGCCUGGACGCUAAAGUUACACUGGAUUUCCACAACAAACGAGAGGAGCACCCAGAGAAAUGCAGUCGGACCAAGAACAUGAUGUGGUAUGGCGUGCUGGGCGGCAAGGAGCUGCUGCAGCGGACCUACCGCAACCUGGAGCAGAAGGUGCAGCUGGAGUGCGAUGGCCAGCGCAUCCCGCUGCCCAGCCUGCAAGGCAUCGUGGUCCUCAACAUCCCCAGCUACAUGGGCGGGGCCAACUUCUGGGGCAGCACCAAGGAGGACGAGACCUUUACAGCGCCCUCAUUUGACGACCGAAUUCUGGAGGUGGUGGCGGUGUUUGGCGGGAUGCAGAUGGCCGUGUCUCGGAUGAUCACACUGCAGCAUCACAGAAUAGCCCAGUGUCACGUGGUGAAGAUCACCAUUCUGGGUGAGGAGGGGGUGCCAGUGCAGGUGGACGGAGAGGCUUGGGUCCAGCCCCCAGGAUUCAUCAAGAUCAUCCACAAGAACAGGGCGCAGAUGCUGGUCAGGGAUAAGGCCUUUGAGAACACCUUGAAGUCGUGGACGGACCGCAAGAAGCUGUGGAAGCAGCUGCAGCCACUGUCGGAUGAAGAGGUGGUGCUGGUCAGGCACUUCUGCGAGACGGUCAACAGCCUGGUCACGUGCAUUCAAAGAGCUGCAGAGCAGAACCGGGCCAUUGAGUCUGGCCUGAUGCACUACACGCAGUUCGUGACCACCACCAUGGACCGAUUCUGGGGCAGUGAGAAAGUCGGAGAGGGGACCAGCCGCAAAGCCCUGAUGGAACUGGUCAACAGCGUGCGCAACCUGCACAGCGAGACCAGCCUCUUCCUGGCGGCCAAGGCCUACACCACUCGGCUGAGCGACGAGAUCCUGAACCGGCUCAACAGCGCCGUCUCGGCCACGGACGUGGAGCUGCGCAAGGUCAUGCAGAUUGAGGGCGCCUUGGGGUUCCCAGAUGACGAGCCUCAUCAGCCGGAUGCCUACAUCAAGCGGACCAAAGGCCGUUUCAAACUGCCCAUGGUGUCGCGCCUCAAGAAGCCGACCAAGAGGGAGUUGAAGCCGGCCCUGGCACCAGGGAGUCCCGGGGGAUCCUCAGAGGGUGCUUCUUCGGGUGAAUCGUCCCGAGCCUGGACCCCCCAGCAGGUUGGCCUCUGGCUGGACAGCCUGUCCCUCGGGGAGUACCGUGACAACUUCAUCCGCAACGACAUCAGGGGAUCCGAGCUGCUCACCUUGGAGAGACGAGACCUCAAGGACAUUGGAGUGACCAAAGUUGGGCACAUCAAGCGCAUCCAACAAGCAAUCAAGGAGCUGGAGAAGAGAGACGGCGAACAGCCAGGGCCGUCGUACAGCUAGCAGCGGCGCUGCCAAGCAGAACCCUCUAUGCAGCAGAUUGGGAGAGAGGCUGCAGCUACAACGAACAUCCAUGUGGCGGCAACAGCGGGCAGCAAGUUGGAUACACGGCCGUGGGUUAAAGCACCAGUCAUUCCAUGAUCGUGCCUCCAAGCUGGAAUCCGGCAUGGUCAGCGUUCAGUCUCGGAGAAAUGUGGCGGUUCCAACUCCGUGCUGUGCGUUGCCAUGCACAAUGCUAUCCAGCAGUCUGACGUACCCUCGUAUGAUUUCGUAGACUAGACCAACCGUUGAUGACCGUUCACGAAUUGAUUUUAAUCAGUCUGUCAUUUAUCGUGGUUCUUGUACUUCUGUCAGGACCGCGAUUUCUCAGGAUUUUUCCAGGUUUCAAGAUGUCGGACCCAAAAUUUGUGGAUUGUCAGAGGUGUAACCAGUCAGGAUUCGCUACUGUUCAGUGCUGCAUACAAAGUGCAAAAUUCACAUACUCUCAGACUCGAAGCCAUUUGUGAGGGAUCUCACGCUUUGUAAGCUCACGUGUUGUAAGCUAUUUAAAAAUUAUUGAAAAAAAUCAGAGUAUUUUCUUGCCGUAAUUAAUGCCUCCAAGUGGAUGUUUCAUGGAUUUCACUUCAUCCCCUAUUUUUUGCUCCUGAGAAGUUAUUGCUGACUGCUGCUGGGAUGUGGCUUGCGGUCAAAGUUUCCCACAGAUUAAUCACUCCGUGCCAGUGUUCCCGGUACCGGGUACCUUGGAUCCGAAAUCGGACAAAGGAGUUGGGCCUUGUCACAGAAGACUGUACUCAGAACAAAAGACCGAGCUGCUGGGUAUUGCCAUCAUUUUUAGCUGGCAUUAGCAGAGGUAAUCUGUCAUUGUUUUGAAACAGUAUACUGAUGUUUGCGGCAUUAGGCUACCGUGGAUUAUCAGCGGGACAAAUGUGCUUCAGCACUCCAGCAAUGAGCGAUUCAGUAUUACUGCAUGCUAAUCUGGCCGGAUUUGAAAACACACCACUGCCAUUCAGCA